GAAGAAGAAGAAGAAGAAGAACGUACUUUCUUUAGUUUCUGUGCGCUGUGCCUUUAACAUGGACUCUGACGUCACGGUGCGGUCGGCUUCGAUUGGCUGGCUCACUUCCGGGUGUGUGUUGCUCCUGCAGAGCAGCAUGGCAGCUGAACCGUGGAACAGAGUAAACAUUUCCUUCCCUGGAGCUGUUUCAAGUGUCCGGGUAACUUUCAGCUCAGCUACAGGUAAAAAUGUUGCAGCUCUGUUGGUUGAAAACGAGAACGUCCUCAAACUGCUCCGCAGUGAGGUUCUUCAGACGGAGGUCCGCGUUCUCUACGAGCUGCUGUACAUCCUCAACAACAGCUUCAGGGGAAACAAGACGCUCAAAAGUUUAAAGCAGGUUGAACAAUGUGUAAACAGGCUGAAGAACAUGAAGCUGGACGUGGCUCUUGAUGAACUGACUUAUCUGUGUCCCAACAGGAUUCAAAGAGGACUCGGCAUCAAGACUGGUGAUUGUGAUGUUCCCAGUCAGCCAAUGCUGGAGUGGCUCUGUCUCAAAGUGCUGGGAGCUACCCAGCUGAUGAGCUGCACGUUGGACCGCUGCAUCAGAGCAUUCUCACUCUCAAAUCAGCAGAUGAAAUUGGAGUUUGUUAUCUUGAAUUUGGUGAUAACCAGCUUGCUCAGUCGAUUGUGGGUGAUUUUCCGUGGUGUCCUGGUCAGCCUGUCUACUCUGUACCAGCAGCUCCUGGAGUUCCUCAGAGAAGUCGCCCAAGCUCAGCCCAUGCCCUUCCUCACAGACUUCUCCCUGCCCGCAGAUGUGGCUCAGCUCCUGAGUCCUUCUCAUGCAUCGUUACUGAUCAAAAGACCAAAGCAUGGUGCCCAGGCCAAAGACCACAAGGUGACACAGAAGAAGAAGAAGAAGAAGAAGAGAUCUUCUGUUCAAGUCAGUAACAGAGGACAGAAGGGGAAGGUUAAAGAAGACCUGGGCGUGGCUAUUCAAAGAGGUUUAGUUCAUGACACAGACAUGAAGCCAUUUCUGGAGGUUUUCAGGAACUUUAAGGAGACACCUAACAAGAAAGACAGGGCACAAAGCUUCAAGAAACUAUUGAGAGAAGCGACUUCAUUCAAAGACAUGGCAGCUUGUCUGGAAGAAAGGAUCAGAUGGUGUAAAUCCCAGCAAAGACAAAAGGAAAAAUGUCUUUUAACCUUCCUGCAGUUGAAGUGCCACAAGAUGACGUGCCUGGAGGCUGCUGGCUAUAAUGUCCAGAGGAGGUUGCAGAGCUUCAGACAGGAAGCUCUCUGGGCUUCAUCUCCUCGUGGUCCAGCGCCGAGAACCUGCCGCUUCUCUGCUGACCUGAGGAUGAACCCUCGCCGGAGAGCACGUUUCCAGUUCCUCAGGAGACAAAUAAGGUUGUCAACAAUCAAGACUGGUAUAAAAAAGAAACACCUGUGGAGCAAGAGUAGAAGGAGGUUUGAGUUAUCAGCAUCUGGACUGUCAGAGGAUGAACAAAGAACCUGGACCACACAUAAGGAGACACCUCAGACCACUGACUGUGAAGGCCAAGAUGACAUAGAUGAUAUUUUUGCCUCUGUAGGUUUGUGACACUUUGAAACAAACUCACUGUGUGCAGCUGAGCUCAGUAUGCUCUCGGUCUCAUUCCUGUUUUUAAAAUAAUGAAGCCAAAGAAUGUUGAGUUGGGAUGUGCUGGUUGGUUUAAAGGUGAGAGUCUGGUGCAGCUCUGACCGCAUCCACCAUCACAACAGGGAUGUGGCUUGAUUUAAAGACCUCAGUCAGUAAAAAAGGUUUUAACUGGUGACACUUGCAAUAUAGGAGUUUGUGCCUUAGUUAUAAUAAAACCUUUUUAUUAUUGAUCCUGUGUCUGAGUUACAUGUUGCCAGGGAUCAGUUGAACUCUUCAUGGUUAUCAAUUUCUAAUAACAGUGUUUAAGCACUUUAAAUUUAGAAAUUUAAUGGUAAAUAUCAUAUUAGGACACAAACCUCCCAUCUGCAAGAAGAAAGGAUUUUCUGAUAUUUACAAAGUGCAGGAUGUCAAUGCAGAAAGGUUUUAAAUGCCUGUUGACUAUAAUACAAAAUGUCUGCAUAAGAUGUGUAUUUACAUUUAUCUGGAUAUGACAUAAAUGACAUGGACGUGUGAGAAGGAAUAAAACCAGUACAAUACUUCAAGGUUUUUACUCGUAACGUUUAGUCUCUGAGACUGUAAUAACUAAUAACAACAUAUCAACUCAAGAUGAAUGCUGAAAAUGUAAAGGAUUAAAUUAAGAUGACUGUACUCACUAACACAGUGUAAACAUGAUGAUAGCAACUCAGUGAGAAAAAAUACUAAAUAAACUCAGCUCAGUAAUAAGUUAAAAAUAUCUUGGUCAUUGUAUGGGAUGACAGAUGAGGAUAUCUACAGCCAUGGUGAUUGCUCAAGCAAAUAUUGUAUGCAGGUUUAGUUGGUGCACAGAUGGAGUGACUAUGUCAGAGUAUAUUGCACAUAUUGCCCUG